CCAGAAUCCUUUUCCACCCAUGCGUCACCCGGGAGUGAUUAACCGGAAAAGACGUUAUGGUUCAUUUCUAGAAGGUUGUGGUGACAGCACAACUCCAGAUGGAGACAGAGUCUGAGACGCUCUCAGCCGCCAUGGCUGACACCUUAAAAGUGUCAGAGACCAGAGAAACCACCACAGACCCGGAGGAGGACUGUUUCUAUGACUGUGAGGACACAUUACGUGGAGAAGAUGGACACACUGAUGUUAAACGCACAGAGAGGGAGCACAGAGAUAUGCUGGAGUCAGAUGACAGGACAGAAAAUGAGAGACUAGAAAACAUGGAUGGCGCUGACCGGUUGUGUUUGGAUAACACGUCAGAAGAGGAUUCUGAAGGGCACGAGGACAGUUCGGCUGAAAAGAGACACAACUCAUUAACAACAGACCUGGAUCCUGAGAAAGACAAUGAUGAGGAACAGGAGAAAUGGGAGAGGUUUGUGGAGAGCGAUGAGCAGAAAGAGGGCAACUCUGAUUCAGAAUUUAAAGAGGAGACGGUCAAGGUGAAAGAGUUUGAUGAGGAAUACCUGCGUGAGCUGGAGAAAGACCUGACGGAAGAAGAAAAAGAGAGCAGAAGAAAGGAGAGUUUAGAGCUGAAGGAGAAGGGCAACACACAGUUUAAGAGUGGAGAGCAUGUAGAGGCUGAAGAGUCUUACACAGCUGCUCUGAAAGUGUGUCCUGUGUGCUACAGUAAAGAGAGAUCCAUACUCUUCUCUAAUCGAGCUGCUGCACGCCUGCAUCAGGAUAAAAAAGACAGCGCUAUCAGUGACUGCUCUAAAGCCAUAGAACUAAAUCCAAAUUAUGUCCGUGCCAUUCUGCGGAGAGCAGAACUCUACGAGAAGACAGACAAGCUUGAUGAAGCUCUAGAGGACUAUAAAAGUGUCUUGGAGAAAGACCCGGGCAUCCCUGCAGCUAGAGAGGCCUGUAUGCGAUUGCCACGGCAAAUUGAGGAGCGAAAUGAGAAGCUGAAAGAAGAGAUGAUGAGUAAACUGAAGGACUUGGGCAACAUGAUUUUACGACCCUUUGGUCUCUCCACCUCCAACUUCCAGGUCAACCAAGACGCCAACACAGGAUCCUACUCCAUCAACUUUGUUCAGAAUCCCAAUAACAACAACAGAUAGCUAUUCAGUGUCGUUUUAUAGAGUGGCACAACAGUGAACUGGCCCUUUCAAGUGUCCGCUCAGUCUCUUGACUAUUCAGUCAUAUGCCCAGUCUGCACUAAUUCAUUGAUACAAGUAAUGUAAAACUGUUUUUCCAUUGACAAAUUAAAUUAUCAGCUCAUGUCAAGUGGUUUUUGGCCAACUUGUAAGCCUGUAUUAUAUAGAUAUUCAGUUUUUUGGCAUGCCAGAAUGUUAAAUUUGCUGUGAAGCUGGCGUCAGUGAUCCAGACUGUCAGUCAUGAGCAACGAGAUAAUGGGCCUUCAGCACUUCACCCUUACCUGCGUUCACAUUAAACCAGCGGAUAAGAUCCUGUCUGCAUUGUCCAUUGUGUCGUUUCUUGGGUGUAAUUAAUACAGCAUGAUUUAUUACUAAAGAAUACACAGAACACACAGCUUGGUACAAGGCAGAAAACAGGUUUAAUUUCAUAGAGCUAUACAUAUAAUACAAUAAUAAAACAAAUUUAUGCCCACGACCACCAUCUUCAUAUGUAUCGCCGGGAGAACGCUCCGAUUGUACUGAAACGCACGUAUGUACAACAGCGAGCAGCUGUUUCUCGCUCACUCUAAAUUCCCUUUUUACAGGACUCAGGUUGAGCAUGUGCAAUGAAUGAUGCUAACAGGAAAACCUUGAAGCAAAGACUGAGAAGUAGAAAAGAUGCGUUCUUACGGUCAUGUUUAACUUGUAUAAUAAGAAAAUCAUUUAUAAGUGGAGAGGAGCACAAAAAAGGUCAAAAUCAACUAGUGGGUCGGAGUGAUUUGUAACGCUGUACAGAUUGCAUUGAUCAUUGAACGUGUGGUGUGCCACAGAGUGGAAAACUUCAAGCUCUCUUCAAGAACAGUCAAGACUGUAUUAAGGCUCAGAAUUUCUCAAUAUAAAGGAGCACAGAUGUUGGGAUAGAGGACUAGAAGCACAAUAAGACCCAAUCCUCUGUAAUUGUACGGUGAAGCAUAGCACAUGCAAUAUGUAUUGCAUUUUUACAUCAAAUAUGAUGUAAUUUAAUAAGUUAUCUCUUUCAAACACUUAAAACCCUGCUUUAACGUGUGCUGGAUCGCCACCUACAAUUCACAAUGGCCGUAACUCCCCUGUGCUGUUCAGUAUUUGCAAGCCUGCUUAAAGAAAAAUCUGGUUUGAAAAAUCCAUUUCAGCAUGACGGAUCGGGAAAUAGGUGGAGAGUCUGUAAUUCAUUGUAAUAAAUAUAUAAUUCUUUUCUUAAAUAAAAAUAAUUUCUCCAUUACACCUGCUUUUCCAAAUGUGGAUGGCUCCUCUCAUCUGACUGGCUCU